AUGGCCCUCGAACUUGCCGAUAAUGACAAAUACGAGGUCAAGGAGAUUAUUGGUCGUGGUGCAUUCGGCAUCAUUCGCAAAGUUCGUCGAAGACAAGAUGGCCAUAUCCUGUGCCGCAAAGAGAUCAACUAUCUCAAGAUGUCCCAGAAGGAACGCGACCAACUGCAUGCGGAAUUUUCGAUUCUUGCCUCCCUCAGCCAUCCUAACAUUGUCGGAUACUUCCACCGCGAGCAUCUGAGACAGACCCAAGAGCUAUACUUGUACAUGGAAUAUUGUGGCGGCGGCGAUCUGGGCUGUGUCAUCAAGGAACUCAAGCGUAAGAACGAGUACGCAAAGGAGGAGUUUGUAUGGAGGAUUUUCAGCCAGAUAGUCACGGCUCUGUACCGUUGCCAUUAUGGAGUCGACCCGCCUGAACCUGGCAGUGACUUCUCUCGACAGAACGACACCCGGCCUCUCAACAAGGGCAAAAUGAUCCUCCACCGAGAUCUCAAGCCCGAGAAUAUAUUCCUGGGAGAAGACCAAUCCGUCAAGCUCGGCGACUUUGGUCUCUCCAAGAUUAUGCAGUCGCAUGAUUUCGCCUCGACUUAUGUUGGAACACCUUUUUAUAUGUCGCCGGAAAUCUGUGCUGCCGAGAAAUACACUUUGUAUUCAGACAUCUGGUCACUCGGUUGUAUCAUGUACGAACUUUGCACCAAAGAGCCGCCGUUCAAUGCAAACUCUCACCUGCAACUCGUGCAGCGCAUCCGCAAGGGAGACGUCAAACCCAUUCCGACCAUCUACUCAAAAGACCUCGCUAACGUCAUCGCAAAUUGUCUCAAGACAAAUCCAACGCACCGGCCGGACACGAGUUCGUUGUUGACUGUACCCUAUGUGUGGCUCGCUCGGAGGCAGCAAGAGAUGGUCACCAUCGGAAAGGCAUUGAAGACGAGGGAGGAGAUUGCAGACCACAAGGUCAGACAAGCUGAAGAGAGGCUCUCUGCUCUUGAAGCAGAUAGAGCGGCCUUGAGGCUGGAAAUUGAUGCCCAGCUUCGUCGCGAGUGGGAGGUCAAAGCACGACUUGAAAUCGACCGACAGGUUCAAUUGGAGCUGGAAAGACUCCGGAAGAGGUUCGACAGAGAGGUCGAUGAGCGUGUCGCCCAUCUACUGGUUAAACAGAAGCACUCAACGGAAACCCGAGCACUGCGAGACAUUCAAAGCCCUGCAGGGAGAUCCUUUGACGACAAAGAGAACCUGAACCCUUCGUCGUCGGUCAACACUGCCGGCGAGGAAGAUUUCCCGUCGACCACAGAUAUCACCGAUCUGUCGGAUCUUUCAAUCAGCUCGCCCACCACGUCGAGUAACAAGUCAAUGCCCAAAAAGACGAAAACGCCUUUUGCUCGGUCCAAGACCGCCUUCGACUCUCCUGUUGAUAUCCAGAUGUCAGAACCAUCGCCCAUGUCCAUCUCUUCCCUGGCGCUCUCUCCCCGUCGAAACGCCGCGGCACAAGCAACUGCCAACCCGACAGUCACCGCCGUUGGUGCGAAAAAUCUCUUUGCAGAAGCGGCACGCCAAAAGGCUCGGUGGGAGCCACAGUUGGCGUAUUCCUCCGACGAAGAAAACAUUGAACCCCCUGAAGAUUCAGAUGAUGAUGACGAUGGGUUCCCAGAAUUGGCCAGUCCAACAAGAUCAAAAGGGAAUAUGGUCAACACAGAUCCCUUCAAGAACCCUGCACCUCUGCCACUGAAGAACAGACCAGCCAUGGUGAGACAGAAUACAACAGCCACUAUGCAGAAGUUAAUCACGAAGCCCACUCUGUUCCCGUCCAGCAACACGGCAGCACAAGUGAGAGCAGGAAUUGCUUCUGUCAACAUCGCCAAUGCCAUUAAAGGUAUCCCACGAAACACUACAGACGGCGAUUUGCGUUCAUUGACAGCGAAGCCCACGAGCCCUAAUAGACGUCUGAGCAAGAUACCAAGCCGAAACGACCUCCGAGAGCACGCCAUUGCAGAUGAAGGAAGCACUAGUCCCCUUAGGCGAGCAGCAACGACGGCCGGUCGGCUCCCUAGUAAGCUCGGGGGCGGCCGAGAUGCUGUCACUGGCACCGGCGUAGGAGGGCGAACGCUGGUAGAACUCGCUCAGGCCCGGGCUGGAGGCCACUUGAACACAAAAGUGAGGACCAUCCCGGACCAGAGAAGCGAAAAGGACCUACCUCCAGUUCCGGUUUGGGACCCAGAGAUCUUCGGGGAUGAAAUGCCCAGUCCUUUCCUGAAGAAAGAUGUCAAAUCCGUGCGGGCUAUGCGGUAG